AUGCUUUCUCUCCUUUUUAUUGCAAUUCAUUCUGUAGAAUUAGAUCACAUAGAUGGUUGCACCAAAUCGGGUUCAGUGAGGGCCCGUAGUUCGGGAGGAGUUGCCGCUUGGUAUGCAGAUCUUGGCAGUAAUCUCCAGUGCUUUAUUGGCAAUUUGAUGCUUUUCUCAGAUAUAGAAUUCACAGUUACUUAUAAGAUUGUAACAUAUAAUAGUGAAACAAAUGAUUAUUCAUAUUCAGAAGUGAAAACAGUAGACAAUCCUCUGGUAAUUUGCGGAAAAGGAGAUCCAUUGAUUAGAGUUGAUGCAAAAGAUAAAUCACAAAGUGCAAAGUUAUAUUUCUACGGAGUUUUUAACACAGUCGUUACAGAUGAUUUAAUGACAUUUGGCGUAUUUACAACUCAAAGCUCGCUUGAUUUCAAUUUUCCAAUCAAUAAAGCGAGGCAACUUAAUUUUGUCGCUGUAAAUAAAAAUCAAAUUAAACUACAAGUCAUAAAUGGUGAAGGAAAUUCUUAUAGAUUGUUUAACUCUGAAACUCAAUCAUAUUUUGAUAGUGAAAGAGGAAACGAUAUUAGAGUCCGAUCUGAAUCAGAAAAUACCGAACUUUCAAAUUUUACUAUUAAGAUCUCAAAAACAAGCGAUGAAUCUGUAUCUGAAUUAACCGCUCCAUAUAAGAAUGAUCUUUUCUAUAUUAUCCCUACCGAGGGUAGUUUCACUGAGCAGGAAUUGCUAGCAUAUACAAAAACAAUGAAAAGCAGUCUUUAUUUGAAAGAAGAUGAAGAAGAAGAUAAUAAAGGCAACGAUGACGAUGAUGACAAAGGCAACAAGGAUGAUGACGAUGAUAACAAAGACAAAGAAGAUGAUAAUAACAAAGACAAAGAUGUUCUGUUCAACAAAUACAUUGCCCAAUGCAAAGAACAACAAUUACAGUCACCGAGCAUGAACCCUAAAAGUACUGUUUUCUCUAUUGAAGCAGGUAAAUAUCAAUGUAUUAACAGAGACUAUGCUUUUGCUUCAAAAGAUAAAUUUAUUGUUGAAAUGUACAAUAUAUCAUCAAAUGAAACCGAACCAACAAAUGUAUCAAAUCCAUUUAGUAUUCUAGGUGGCUCACCAUAUUCUAUUAUCAAAUGUACUGACAAUACAAAAGGAUGUAAAGUUCAUGCAAUUACAAUUUAUAAUCUUGGACUCAAAGGCGAAGUACACCAUAUCUUUACAACAAAGAGCUCACUCGAUACCACACAAGAUGUGAAGAUUUCCAAGGAUUCAGCAGAGUAUUUUGUUUUGACAGUCCAUGGUUCAGAAAACAGAAAAGUUUCAGUAGCUGGCGAUUCUGAUGAUGUUUUUUAUGAAUUAUACAAUAGUGAAAAUGCCAAAAAAGGUAGUGAACUAACAGGAAAAACUAUUGCUGCAUUACCAUUUAUGAAGGAAGGUGCGGAUUCUGGAGAAGGAAAAUUCAUCAUCGAAAUAUCCAAAGCUAAGUCUUCUUCAGCAGAAGCAUCAGAAUCUUUAUUUGAAAAAGAUCUAAUUUAUGAAAUUCCUCAUGGUAUUAAAACAGAGACAGAAGUUCAAGCUCAUUCUAAAAACAGUAAAAUUGGUGCUGUGAAUGGCAGCGAUAAAGGCGGUCCUGGUGUAAUCAUUGGAAUUGUAGUUGCAGUUAUUAUAGUAAUCAUCAUUAUCUGCGUUUUAGUUUGGUUCUUCGUCUUUAGAAAGAAAUCUGAUGAUAAGAAGGAUUCAGGAUCUGGUGAAAAAGCUUAA